AGUAAAUUCCUUUUUCUUCAGUGCCGAAGUGGUGAUAGCAUAGUGGUGUUGCCUGAUGAAGGAACUGCCAAACCAGAGAAUGAAUCACAACUAAAUGUUGUCAGGCAUGUGGAAGCUUUUAAUACAAUGAAAAGUGAUGUGUGCUUGACUACAGAGUCAAAUUUGGGAAAUGCUGACCUAAAGAUGGAUAAAGCAAACAACCAUGCCCCAUGUACUUUAGAUGUUGAUAUUGAGAAAGGAAAGUCAGAAAAUCCAGAUCUCACUGAUGAAUCUGUUUUGUUUCUGAAGACUAAUGAUUCCUUAGCAAGAACAUUGCAGAGAGAAAUUAGCAUAGGAAGAAAAUUCACGCAGCUUAUAAUGAAUCAUAGCUCUGAGUUACCCAAGUUCACUUCAAGAGGUAGCUAUCGAUUGCACAUCCAUUCUGACUUCAGCUCUUUUCGUGAAUUAUUGUAUUGUAAUCCUGGAUCUUUUUCUUUUUCAAUGAUUUCAUGA